AGAUUCUUUGUGAAUAGCAAGAAACAAGCUCCCGAUUGUGCAAAAUGUCGGAUUCUGAGUACGCAUCCAGCAUUGAAGACGUGGCCCCAUUAGAGGUGGUGCCACCACCGCGCUCGAGCAAGAGCAAGUCCAAAACCAGCGCGUCGACCUCAACCGCUUCUACGCCUGCGCCUAAGCCGAGGAAGCGAAAGCCUGCCGCCCAUUCCGUUGCGAACGUUGAAGCCCUAACUAGACCAAAGAAAACGAAGAGUUUGUUUUCAAUCAUUAAUAAGGACGAGCGGGCAAGUGCGAAGGAGACAACUCGUAGCAUCGCAUCGAGCUUUACAUCGCGGGUGUCUUCGGGCCAGUGUCGUCGGACUGCAGUCACCAGCGGCGAGUUCUACAUAGAUUUGAAAGUCUACAACACCGACGAUGUUAAGAACGUUCCACCCGAGGAGCGUUACAAGAAAGCGCUUGCAGCGGUAAAACUCCAAUGCGGUGAACAAUCCCAGGAGUGGGAGGCUCUACAAAGGUUUAUAAGUAGCGCUUACGUAAUUUUUGAAGAGUGCGAACCGACUUAUUACAGUAAUAAAAUAAACAUUAAAUAAUUUUUACUUGU